UCCAAAGGUAGUUUAGUUAUUAAUUCUGUUGAGAAGGCUUAUAUUUAGAAAAAAUGUAAGUGCUUUUAGUUUCUGAGUUAGAAGAAUUAGAAUUGUUAAAAAGAAGUCGACUGCUUCAAAUCUUCUGCAGAGGUGCAUCUCUGAGAGUGUAGAAAUGAGUUUUGGUGCUCCAAACUCUUUGUGACUAUUGACCAAGUAGUCUACUUUCUAUCUUAUUUACAGUAUUUUAACUUUUAAACGAUAAAAAAUUUUACAGGUACUACGUCGGCAAUAAAUUGAUCAGCAAAAAGUUUGUUUUUGAAUAUAAGGAUUUAUGUAUUAAUCAUCUUUUCUAUUCUGAGGAGAAUUUUGAUCUUCCGUAGUACACAGAGCUUUUUUCUAAGCUGGACGCUAAUGGACGAUCGAAUUAGCUGUUAGAUUGGUUAUACUUAUUUGUAUCAGAGGAAAAUCGUACCGAUGGUAGGAGUUAAUUGUUCUCUUUACAAAAACAUUGGGAAAGAAACAGUCUCACCACUCUUUCUGACCGUUUCGUUGUCUGCUUGGAGUAUCGUGUCUUUGCUAUGACAACUGAAGCUGAGCGCGAAAUUGGGACUGAAACAGUUCAGUCCGACAUUCAUUGUUAUUUUCAAUUUCUACAUUCAAGAACCAAACAGUCACACUAUUAUAUAUUCAGAAUUUUGUUUAGUUUCAAAAAUUGGUCCUUCCAAUGUAUGACAAUUAAAUAUUUUAUCAGUCAGCUCCAAAAUGGACGAUAUCUCUAUAAUUUCUGGCUAAGGCUAUUGAUGGCUAUUUUUAUCAUAACACUCAAAGAAAGAAAUUGUAUUUCUCUUUUCUCUUCUGUGCUUUCCCCACCAACCUCUGUUCACAGAGACACGAAUAUUAACACAACAGAAGCUUUUCAGUCCAUCUGGGAUAUCUUCUAUAAAUAGUUGGAUAUGAUUUCUAUAGCGUUCAUACAGUCAACGAUUAUUCUUACCGUAAACAGCUAUCUACUUUUCUUCUCAUCUAUAUAUAUCAUGCACCGUGUAAUUAAAUUUUCAUGUUUGGCCAUACUUUUAUUUACACUAACGAUCGGUAAGACAAAUCCAUUUCACGAAUAGCUAAGUAACUGAUAGGUAUUCUUUCAGCUAAGAAGAAUGAUUGUAAAGGACAAACGGGUAGUCAAAUUCAUUGUAUAUAUCCGAAUGGUGAUGUAUAUGAUGGAGCAUUAGUGGACGGUUUGAGAGAGGGUAAUGGUGUGUUUAAAGGAGUAGACAAAAGUGAAUAUGAUGGUUUUUGGUCAAAAGACAAAAAAAAUGGAAAUGGUGUGUAUCAGAUCGGUAAUGGUGAUCAAUAUGUUGGAGAGUUUGUUAACGGAUUGAAACAAGGAAAAGGUGUGUUUACAUGGAGUAAUGCUGAUCAGUACGAUGGAGAUUGGGUAAAUGACAAAAUGGAAGGUAACGGACUGUACUGGGCGGCAAAUGGUGAUAUGUAUGAUGGAGAAUGGAAAAAUGGUAAAAAGAAUGGCAAAGGUGUAUCGACAAAUGCGAACGGUGUAAAAACCCAGACUGAAUGGAUAAACGGUGUACAAAAGGAAACUAAGAAGAAUGAUUGUAAAGGACAAACGGGUAGUCAAAUUCAUUGUAUAUAUCCGAAUGGUGAUGUAUAUGAUGGAGCAUUAGUGGACGGUUUGAGAGAGGGUAAUGGUGUGUUUAAAGGAGUAGACAAAAGUGAAUAUGAUGGUUUUUGGUCAAAAGACAAAAAAAAUGGAAAUGGUGUGUAUCAGAUCGGUAAUGGUGAUCAAUAUGUUGGAGAGUUUGUUAACGGAUUGAAACAAGGAAAAGGUGUGUUUACAUGGAGUAAUGCUGAUCAGUACGAUGGAGAUUGGGUAAAUGACAAAAUGGAAGGUAACGGACUGUACUGGGCGGCAAAUGGUGAUAUGUAUGAUGGAGAAUGGAAAAAUGGUAAAAAGAAUGGCAAAGGUGUAUCGACAAAUGCGAACGGUGUAAAAACCCAGACUGAAUGGAUAAACGGUGUACAAAAGAAACGUGAGUUUAAUUUGUGA